AUGAAAUUUUUGGCGACCUUUCUUUCUUCUUCUCUUGCUUCCCACUACCGAGCUGGUUCCUACCAGUACCGACAAGAUGGCGGCAACCUCCAGGUCACUCGAACUAUGGGUUGGCGACGAACCAUGGACGGUUACGGAACUGGUUGUACCGCCUCCAAUGUUGCCAACCAGGAUGUCAGUACUGCUAUGAUCACCGAAACAAUUAAUGACUUGUCCGGAAACGUCUUAGUUAACACCGGUGCAUCUGGAACCACUGGAACGUACGUUGUCAACGAAAUCGAAGAUUCUGCAUCUUUGGAUUCUGGCACUCACUACUGCUUCGGCUACGUUGACGAGAGUUUCUCCGUCUCCCAGCCAUUUACGCACGUUGCUAACGGUUGCUGCACGAUUCCAAUGCAAGAUGAUGACGGUGUCUCUUUCAGCGGCGCCUACAACUUCGCCUCCACCGUCUACGAUUUGACCAACAACUCGCCCCAGUUCAAGAUCCCCGCCAUUUGGUACAUCAUGACCGGCUGCACCGAUCAGAAAUUGUACCUCAACCCAACUGAUCCCGACGGCGACAACAUCAAGUGCCGAUGGGCCAGCGAAACCGAAGCCGAGUUCCUCUCACGAGACAAGGGACGUUUCGAUUCCCUCAUCCUCGACGAGGACAAUUGCGUUGUCACUUACGAUCCAGCUGCCGACGCUUUCGCCUCAGGCAUCAAGCCACUUGCCAUCCAGGUCGAGGACUACGCUGCUGACGGAACUCUUCGAUCUUCAAUGCCCGCUCAGUUCAUGGCUACAGUCUGGACUCCGCAAAUGCCGGCUCCAUCUGCUCCCGGCGUUGCUCCCACCCCCAGCUCCUUCAUCCGAACUGGCCAGAAAUUCUUCUCUGGCCUUUUCGACGAAGUCGACGGCGACGAUCAUUUCGACUUCCUCGGUCAUGAUUCCCACGACUCAACUCACUACCGAGGUCGACGACAAGCUCUGCCCGAUCACUGCACCGGUCUCCCCACCUUCACCGGCUCUACUCCCGCAAACGGUGACGUUAUCACUGUAUCUGGCUCGAUGUCUCUCGAUUUCUUCGCCGAGUACAGUGCCAAUGGCGGCACAUUUGUCGACAUGGACCGAAUCAUCUUCUCUGGGCCAACAGGAAUGUCCUGCACCUUAGUUGACAAGAGCACCGGUCAGUCCACUUGCACAUGGACACCCACCGUUUCCCAGAUCGCAGCUGGAUCUCACGAUCUCUGCGCGAUCGCCUACGAUCCCAUGCAGCGUACCAGCGAACGUGUUUGCGUAAAACUCAUCGCUCAAGCUGCCAAGGUCGACGUGAACUGGUGGUUGAACGCGAUCGCCACCGAUUUUGCCGGAAAUGCUUUGACCGAUUACGGUUGCACUGGACGUGGUCUUCUUGAGCCAUUCGCCCACAACAACGGCCGACCAGUUGAUGAAGUCGAUCUCGCCAUCAACGGCUGGAAGAAGUGCGUCCGAUGCUCUGUCGAUUCUCUUGCUCCAGGAACACUUCAGACCAGCUUCUGGGAGUACACACAGCCAACUGGAACCGAUUGUGACAAUUCUGAUCCAUUUGAGAAGGCAAUUUGCGAGUGCGACAAAGCUUUGGCUACAGUUCUUUCGCAAAUCGGAACUCCCAACGCCGCUUUCCAGAACUUCGAUAAAGCCAAUUGCCAAAAAGCACAAGGAGGUCUCGCGCACGUUAGCAUGUGCUGCGGAACCGAUCUUGGCGCCUUCCAGCAGUACAACAUUCCAUCCGACCAAUGCUGCGAAGCUAACCAAUUGAAACCAGCUGGUACCUGCGCUGUGGAACAGGGAAUCAUCUACACCGGAGCGAUCCCAAUGUACAAAUCCACGUAG